AUGCAUGGUGCAAUUUCAGAUAUAUUUGAAUAUAUUCGUUCAAUUGAACUUUUUCGAUAUUGCCAUGGUCUCAAUAAACGCGUUGACAAUCUGAUAUUGGUUCAUAUUCAAAGUUUUGGUCUUGAUUUUCGUUUAGCAUCAAAACAAUAUUUUGAUAUUGUUUCUCAAACGCAUCUUCAAGUAAUUAAACAUCAAAUUUUUUCGCUUAGUCUUUCGAAUGAUGAUGGAGAACGGGUACAAAUUCAUUUAUUUCGUUUUUGUGAGUGGAAUCUCAAAAAAUUUUCAUAUCCUCGAUCUCUUUCAUUGGAUCAUAUUCACUUUGACAAGACAAUAAGUGAUAUUUUAUCAGAAUAUUUUCAUUUAAUUAAUUUAAAAUUAACUAGAUUUUAUUUUCGAUGUGCACAAGAGAAGAUUCUUCGUUUUAUGAAUUAUAUUUGGAGUUUACCUAAACUUCAAUGUUUUUAUUUGAGUGCAAAUUCACACAAGAGGUUAGCUUUUCCAACACCAACAAAUUGUUCAUCUUCCAUUGCAUAUUUAUCGAUUAGAGAACACCGAUGGUUUGUUCAAUAUCAUAUUAAUACAACUGAUUAUGAUCAAAUCGGUUACAUUUACACACUACCCUACAGUUUUACUGAUCUCGAUAUUUCGUUGCCAAUCAAAGUUAAAUCAACUUGUCCUAAUUCUGAAUAUUAUGGCACAUAUGAUCGCGUUCAACAUAUUACUUAUUUUACUCAUAUUAAUCAUCUUUCAAUAAAACUUCCUGCUUGCUUGAAAACUCUCUCGAUAAUUAAACGAGCGUAUCGAUUAAAGUCAAUGGAAAUAUCAAGACCGAAAAAUAUGUCGAAUGAAGCGACGCAGUUAGAAAUUCAAACUCUACUAGAUCAUAUACAACAUAAUCUUUAUUCAUUCAAGUUUAAUUCAUGGUCGAAAGAGCAAUAUGAUGAUUCAUCACUCAGUGAAAAAAUAAUACCAAUUGUAAUGCGAAGUCCAUCUAUUCGACGUGUCAAUCUGCUUGGUUGUGAUACUUGGUUUACUGGUGAACAAUUUUUUAAAUUGAAUUGUUCACCACUUGUCACUCAUUGUCAACUACUUCUGAUCAAAAUUAAACAACGAAAGACUAUACGCGCUAUAAUCAAUGUAAUGCCUAAUCUUCGAGCAUUAGUGGUUCGAUGUAGUGGCGUAACCAGCAUUUGCCGGGUAGCUGGGCUGUGCCCUAACAUUUUUCCAAAAAUUAAAGAAUUCUACUAUUUUUGUGGAAAUCGGCAAAAUUCUUCAUUCGUUUUUCGAAACUAA